AUGUCUGCGAUGAGUUCAGAUUCUUCACCCCGGUCCUCCUCCGUACCUGAUACUACGACGAAAAAGAAAGAUGAAAGUAUUGGCAAGCUUGCGAAACAAACAGAGGGCAAGUACGAGCUUCCGAGAGCGCCAGCGACUUUGAACGUUAACGCACUGCAUGCAUAUGAGGAGCACCACAAUAUAGAUGAACAAGGGUACAAGUCCAUGGAUCCGGGCAAACCAAAGGGUUCCCAAGCGGAGGAAGUGAGCGAGAUGCUCCAAUCGACAACACUAGAUGACCCCAUCCAGUUUACUAGAGUUUCGUCCUCGUCAGCUUUAAGCAACAGUUCUUACGAAGCAAGUGACAUUAUAACGGGUUCACAUGAGCCUGACAUAGGGCGUGCAAAGGAGCCACAAGGUUCUAAUCAAGAGCCUCAACAACCAAACGCAUUCCCAGAAAUUCAAGAACAAUCCACGAUAGGGGACAAAACCAACUCCACAAUAAGGGCAUCGGACCAUUAUCUUGCCGAAAAUUCUAGGCUAACCAAUGAUUCUAUGAUGCUUGUUGGCGAGAACGAGAUGCAGCUUUCCCAAGAAUUUUCAACUCAAGAUAGCUCUAACCUCAACCUUGAAAAUACCAGCCACCUCAAAAGCAGCACCCCCAAAAGCGAUUACAGUAGGGAUGUUUCUAAGAAGGACAUAUUAGAACCUGGAGAAGAGGGCUGUUUGUCAGAGCAGACUCAUAACGUAGGCACUCCUGCUAAAGAGUUCAACUACAGUAGCAGCUCAGGCGAGUUUCCGGAAAAGAACAUUGAUAUUCCUAUUGUGGAUGCUUCCAAUACAAGCAAACAAGCAUGGACGACACCAAACCUGGUACAAGGCGGUUUCACGCAAGUACAGUAUUCUACCGCGACAAACAAUAGAAAGCAGCCGCCAAGAUCUCCGUUCAGAGCUGUCUCCUCGCCUUUUAAUUCGAUGCGCAGAGGUUCCCGGGAAGAAGUGACAGAAUCGCCAAAAUCGCAGUCUCGGCUUGCUUCCCCAACCGCGGAGAACAAAAAGAGAAGAAGCGGCGGAAGCAGAAUGAAGGGUGUCUUCUCUUCUCUUAUGCAAAACAUGAAGAGAACUUCACAAGGGGAGAAGCGCCAAUCAAGCUCGGCGUUAAAAAUUUCCACACCUUAUAAUGCAAAACACGUUCAUCAUGUUGGCGUUGAUACUAAGACAGGUGAGUACACAGGUCUUCCUGACGAAUGGGAGAAGCUUUUGACUUCAAGUGGUAUAUCUAAGAAGGAGCAACAGCAGCAUCCCCAAGCUGUCAUGGAUAUUGUCAAGUUUUAUCAAGAUGUUACCGAAGCUAAUGGGGAGGACAAAGUUUUCAAAACGUUUCAUGUCGGAAAUUCUGGGAAAAAUAUCUCCAGUACUUCUUCCUUUAGAACCCCUUCUUCGCCUUCUCUUAACAAGCUCGAAAAUGCCCACUCGAGGCCGCAACAUCCAAACAGCCUUGGCGUUAACUCCACUGCGCAUGAACUUCAGUCUCCAGUAAACCUCAGGGAGGCUCCUAAUGUCCAAGGAACCACUACAAAUGAAAGGUUCAUGCCCAGCCGUCCUGCUCCUAAACCUCCGGGCACACCAACUAAAAAUGAUUUAACAUCGCCAUUGGCAAAUAGAAACUCACCGGCUACAUCUCCGAAGGUAACCCACGCGUCUAGUUUAUCAUCCGGGCUUCGUUCAUUGUCGCGUAAGGGAACUUUGGCAAAAACGGACCAUCAAAUACCUCCAUCUUCACAUGGAAAAGCUGUAGUUUCAAGGAAUGGGACUAUUUCAGAAAAAAGUGCGGACAUGGCUCCCGUAAGACCUGCACCUCCUCCGCCUGUUCCAAAAGAUUUACCCAGAGAGGAUAAUGCUCAGACUGAUGCUCAAAAAGCGGCUGAAAAAAAGAGAGAAGACAGAAGGAAGAAAAUUCAACAAUUGUACGCAAAGCUAACAGAAAUUUGCACCGAUGGAGACCCUAGCAAACUUUAUAAAAGUCUUAUCAAGAUAGGCCAAGGCGCGUCGGGCGGUGUUUACACAGCAUACGAAGUCGGCACAAACGCCUCCGUUGCAAUCAAACAAAUGAAUCUGGAAAAACAACCUAAAAAGGAAUUAAUCAUAAACGAGAUUUUGGUGAUGAAGGCGAGCAAGCAUGCUAACAUCGUCAACUUCAUCGACUCUUACCUGCUGAGGGGCGACUUGUGGGUGGUUAUGGAGUAUAUGGAAGGCGGCUCGUUAACUGAUGUUGUGACACACUGUAUUUUGACUGAGGGCCAAAUAGGGGCUGUCAGCAGAGAGACACUAAAAGGCCUGCAGUUCUUGCAUUCAAAAGGCGUUAUUCAUCGUGAUAUUAAAUCUGAUAAUAUUCUUCUCUCUAUGACGGGGGAGAUUAAACUCACUGAUUUUGGGUUUUGUGCCCAGAUCAACGAGAUCAACUUAAAGCGCACGACCAUGGUUGGAACACCGUACUGGAUGGCACCUGAGGUUGUCUCUAGAAAAGAAUACGGUCCUAAAGUUGAUAUUUGGUCUUUGGGUAUUAUGAUCAUCGAGAUGAUUGAAGGGGAGCCACCUUAUCUCAACGAAACCCCACUACGUGCCCUUUAUUUGAUUGCUACAAAUGGAACACCAGAAUUAAAGGACGCAGACAGUUUGAGUGACGAUCUUAAGGGUUUCUUGGGCUGGUGUUUGCACGUCGACCCCGAUGAGAGGGCUACUGCCUCAGAACUGUUGUCAGACCCUUUUAUUGCAACAUAUGCAGAUGAUGUCAGGUCUUUAGCGCCACUGGUUAAACUUGCGAGAAUGAAGAAGCUUGCAGAAAAGAUGGAAGACGGGAGAGAUAGCGGAGAAGAAAGUUCGUGA